GAAAUUCUUCCUUGAGCUUCUGAACUGCUCCACCCUGCAAGCUAUAAAUCUGCCAUUUGUGCCCCCAGGUGCUGGAAUGGCCAGCUGGCCACAAGGUGGCCGAAACCUGCCGGCCGAGCGAGGCUGUUGCAAGAGGCAAAGUCGCCUGGUCUUCCUCGGACACGAUCUUUCGGGUAGCCCUGUGAGCGUUGAUGUGGGGCUGUGCAGGAGCCUGUGUGGCAGGGGGAAAUCCCCCCCUUCAGGAUGUCCUGGUCUUCCCAGAGAGCUUUCCCUGUUGGACUUCCACCAGACUCUCAAGGAGAGGCCCCCGCAGUGGCCAGCCAGGCCCAGGGGAGACCCCCACUCUGAAGGCUGCUGCCCACCUGGAUCUCGCUGCGAGCCCAGCCGCCUCCUGGUGCAGGAUCGCUGGCUUUGGGACGGCCCUCGGCAGGUGGAAGUGGUGGACGGCUGCCAGUGCAAUGCCAGCCCGGCCGAGUGCCUCCGGUUGCCCACCCUGAAGACCUUCUUUCCUGACUCCCCUCUGGAGCAGACCCUGGACGAGAGGCCCCCGCAGUGGCUAGCCAGGCCCAGGGGAGACCCCCACUCUGAAGGCUGCUGCCCACCUGGAUCUCGCUGCGAGCCCAGCCGCCUCCUGGUGCAGGAUCGCUGGCUUUGGGACGGCCCUCGGCAGGUGGAAGUGGUGGACAGCUGCCAGUGCAAUGCCAGCCCGGCCGAGUGCCUCCGGUUGCCCACCCUGAAGACCUUCUUUCCUGACUCCCCUCUGGAGCAGACCCUGGACGUGGGCAGGUGUGCUGGCCCCCCGCCCUCCCAAGGUGGGCCCUUCUGCGUGCCAACGGGGUUCGACUCGAUCCUCCUGCAGGGCCCCAACGGGAAGCGCCUGAUCCGGACGCUGGGGGGCUGCCAGGGCCAAGGGGCCUCUUGCUACCGGGUGCCCCACUGGGAACAUUACUCGGAGGUGGUGCUGAACGUUGAAGGGAGGAAGAGAGAGCAACGGAAGGAAAUUGACCUGGGAAGGUGCUUAGGAAGAUGUCAGCAGAGGGAGCCAGGGGGGCCAAGAGCCACUGCCAGUCACUGCAUCCCUGAUGGUUACGAGACAAAAACUUUCCAAAGCCGGACCGGGCAGCUACGCACCAUCUUUGUCAUCCAGACGUGCAAAUGUGGACCCAAACGCUUGGGAGCCCCCAUGCUGCCCCACCUCUGGAGCCGAAAGAAUUGAAGGCAACAGCCGCUGCCAGCUCCUCCCCUCCCAAGAACUCCUGUACCAUCCUGAAAGGAGAGAGAGGAUGUGCAAAUAAAAUUUAUCCAGAAUGGGAGGGCCCAGCUGGUGGGUUUUGGGUCCCGGACACAAUCAUAUCACGAAGCAAAUGUUCCAGAAGGAUUUUGCUUGCAACUCCAACCGGGCUGCGUUUCCACCUUGGGGGGGCUGCAAAGACCGAGGCUGGGGCAGGCGAGGCUGUCUUUUGCCCCGUCCCGGAGUGCAAUCGUCCUUCAUAGGGUAACCCAGAUCUAGCUCUCUAUUCACACAACCUCUUUCUCCAGGUUUAAUCCAGGGCUGAUGGCUGAAUUUGCACAGCAAUCCAAAUUGAACUGAACACACUCAAAACCGUAGAAAUGGUGGUAGACUUUAGGAGAAACCCUUUCAUACUUCCAGCUCUCACAAUAUUAGAGAACACAGUAUCAACAGUAGAAAUCUUCAAAUUUCUAGGUUCUAUCAUAUCACAAGAUCUAAAAUGGACAGCUAACAUCAAAAACAUCAUCAAAAAAGGACAACAAAGAAUGUUCUUUCUGCGCCAACUCAGAAAGCUCAAACUGCCCAAGGAGCUGCUGAUCCAAUUCUACAGAGGAAUUAUUGAGUCUGUCAUUUGCACCUCUAUAACUGUCUGGUUCGGUUCUGCAACCCAACAAGAAAAACACAGACUUCAGAGGAUAAUUAGAACUGCAGAAAAAAUAAUUGCUACCAACCUGCCUUCCAUUGAGGACCUGUAUACUGCACGAAUCAAGAAGAGGGCCGUGAAAAUAUUUGCAGAUCCCUCGCAUCCUGGACAUAAACUGUUUCAACUCCUACCCUCAAAACGACGCUAUAGAGCACUGCACAUCAGAACAACUAGACACAAGAACAGUUUUUCCCCGAAGGCCAUCACUCUGCUAAACAAAUAAUUCCCUCAACACUGUCAGACUAUUUACUGAAUCUGCACUACUAUUAAUCUUCUCAUCGUUCCCAUCACCCAUCUCUUUCCACUUAUGACUGUAUGACUGUAACUUUGUUGCUGGCAAUCCUUAUGAUUUAUAUUGAUAUUGAUAGUUUCUUGAUUGCUUAUUUGAACCCUAUGACUAUCAUUAAGUG